AUGGCUCACAAUGACAAAGAUCCGGCGCCGGCAGCUGGGACCCUGUCUGUUGGCCAACUGCAGUCCCACCUCAAGAUGGAGCCCAAAACUCUGGGGGCAAUCCAAAUUGUUAUUGGGGCUUUGAUCCUCUGUCUGAGCGCCUCUGUGCUCCAGCUGCAUGAGGUCCACUUCACCGGGGAUGUGGCCCUCUUUCUGGUUGUUGUCAUACAGGUGACUUUGUCUGGCUCGGUACUGGUCCACAGUGGAAGGAGGCCUACUCUGUUUUGGGUGAAAUGUGUCCUGGUGCUGCAUCUCAUCAGUGCUGCGUUUGCCACCGCUGCCCUCGGCCUCAUGUCCAAACACCUGCCCUACCGCCAGGACUCGUACCACUGUGAACACUGCCGCAGACUGGAGCUCCAUGCAGUGCAACAUUGUUUCAGAAAAUGCACCGGGCUGAUCGAGCAAAAGUGUAAACUGCUGAUCGACGGGAUUCUGGGAACUUUGGUGAUCUUCCUGGUGCUCGAGCUGCUGAUCUGCAUCACUGCCAUGUUGUUUGGACUCAGUGUUCUGGCUGCUGGGGGAAACCAGGCUUCCAGCCAGAAGCCUGUCUACCCGCAGACCCGACCCCCAUCUGCUCCAGCGGUGCCAGCUGUUCAUACACCUCAGGCAGCAGCUGAGCCUUCUCAGGUAGCUGUGGUCGUGACGGAAGCUGAUUCUGAACAGAUCGAGGACAUCUCCACGCCGCCGACCGAACCCCAGGUGGAGCCAAUAGAAGCUGUUACCACAGAGCCAUGAACUGUCCGAUCCAGUCCCCCUUAGAGCGAGCAAAACAAAGGAUUUUUGUACAUGUACUCCCCUGUAUGUCAAGAACUCCCUUUAUUUAAAGUAAAACACACUUGCUGAUAGAAGAGCAAUAAACUAACUAAAAAGAAUUCUGAAAACUUGCAAACGUAAGGAAUAAAUACGAGUAUCUCAGCCGAUCUGAUAUCAGUUAAAUGCAGCGUUGUUUAAAAUAGUACUGGGCGCCGGUUGGAGCAGCUUCAUGGUUACUUGGU